AUGGCUGCCUUGGGGGAUGAGGUGCUGGAUGCUUACAUGUACCCGGCGUGCGCCCCCUACUCGUACCCUUACCCGGCGGCUUCCAAGGGCAAGGGCGCGGCGGGCGGGGAUGGCUGGCGGCUCCGCGGCGGAGGCUACCCUCCGGUCGCCGCCGCCUCAUCCUCUUUCGCGGCCGGGGCGGCCUCGUCGUCCUUUCCGGGCUAUGGGCAGCUGGCGGCCGCCGAGUACUUCGACAGCUACCAGCGGGCGCAGCUCAUGGCCCUCCUGUCACAGGUGAGCCAGGGCAUGCGCCCGCGCAGAACCACCAGCCGCGACGUGGCGGUGCAGGUGAAUCCGCGCUGCGACGCCUCGGUGCAGUGCUCCCUGGGGCGGCGCACGCUGCUGCGCAGGCCCCGGGACCCCGGCCCUGCGGCCAGCCCCGGCUCCGAGGGCCCGGCGGGAGGCGACCCCUCUUCCCCUCAGCCUACCCGCCGCGGCCCGGAGCAGGGCAGCCCCCAGAGCGGCGCCUUACGGCCCGUGCGCUUUCCGCGCACCGUCGCGGUGUACUCGCCGGUGGUCUCCCGCCGCCUCACCGCUUUCCUGGAGGGGGCUGAAGCCGCGGUAGGCGAGCAGAGCCCCGAGGCCACCGAGGAAGAGCGAGAGCCAUCAUCCGCGAAGCCCCAAGGCCGGGAGGAGGGAGAGGUGUCGGCGAGGAAGGCGUCCCAACGCCGGCGAUCCCAGGAGGACGACGACGACGAGGCCCAGGCCACGGCGGGGGCGUCCUGGGAACAGCUGAUCAACCGGCCCAAGCUGGCGCCGCGGGAAGCCGGUGACCGCCAGGCGGCCCCGCAGCCCUCGCCCAGGAGUCCGGAGCUGACCCCGGCGGCGGGGAAGGCUCUGGAUGGCGGGGAGACCACCGCCGCGUGCGAGAGGUCGUCGCUGCAGAGCGCUGAGCCUGGCAAGGUGCGCCUACGCUUCCAGUUCUUAGAACAGAAAUAUGGCUAUUAUCAUUGCAAGGACUGCAACAUCCGAUGGGAGAGUGCGUAUGUGUGGUGUGUACAGGGCACCAACAAGGUUUACUUCAAACAGUUUUGCAGAACUUGUCAGAAGUCUUACAACCCUUACCGAGUGGAAGAUAUCACCUGCCAAAGUUGUAAGAAAACUAGAUGUUCCUGCCCAAUAAGACUUCGCCACGUGGACCCCAAACGCCCCCAUCGUCAAGACUUGUGCGGGAGAUGCAAAGGCAAACGCCUGUCCUGCGACAGCACUUUCAGCUUCAAAUAUAUCAUUUAG